ACAACACAGUCGAGCUUGUAGCUCGUUUCGAUCGAAUUCAAGUACAUCUAGAACAGCGGUGACGCAUAGAACGCAUAGUGCGUGUUUUGUGUAUGUAUUUCGAUGUCCUGAUAAUUGAACCGAUUUUCGAAGUUCGGAUUUUGCUAAAAGCUUACGAUUUUUGGAUUUCGAUAAGUGAUUUUACGAUGAUCACUCGCGAUUAAAAUUAACAUGUAUCGGAUCAAGUGUGUGAUGUGUAGUUCGAUAAUGGCUCUCGUAUAUCGUGGUGCUAGUGAUAAUGUUCGAGUGUGUUUGCUUACAAUCUCAGUUACUUAGUCAGUGUUUAGUGCUCGUUCCACGUGGAGUAUGGUUAGUGUUAGUCUGUUGAUCGUCGUGAGUUCGGUUUUGUGUUUCGAUUCGAAUAAGUUUUAUUGUGAAUUUAAUUCGUAAUAAUACUAAUUAUCGGAUAUCCGUGUACUCGGAUGUGCAGUGUAUUGAAGAAGUUUAUAGUUUACCAAGUAAACGUAAUAGUGGCUAUGUAAGGUAAAGGCUUGGGUUUUUGUUACGAUCGGGUGAUAAAUCGUGGCCGUGGCGGACGAAGAACACGACGACGCUGUGGUGUGUGCUACACAUUUCGAUUGUAUAAUGUCCAGCUGGUACUGGUGAUCAGCAGCAGCAGAAGCAGCGAUUCAUUAUGUCGUCUUCACCGGGCACCGAUCGCGAUCAGAGCACCGAGAAUGGUACUAGAAGGAGAAGAUCGACGUUUUACGUACCUCUGGCGUCGGAUUGCGUUAAAACGACACCGACCAAGAGUGAUUCUAAAAGAACAACGUACUCGAACUUAUGCCGAAAAGGAUCAACAGCUGGAUCGAGUCGUGUAACGUCUCCGACAGCGAAAAAAGAUACGAGUACCGAGGCGGCGCCCAAGAGAAGCGUCCAGGCGACCAGAAGUUUGCCAUAUUCUGGAGUUGUGCCAACUUCGUCUUCGGCACCGGGCAGUAAACCUCGACUAUCUUACUCUCGUGACGCUACGAAAACGUCGAGUAAACCAGCGACGACGACGACGGUGAAACCGGUUGUCGCUGUCGAGAAAAUCGUCGAGUCGCCCAAGUCACCCAAGAUUACCGUUAUCAACUCCGCAACCACCGUCACUGCCGAUUCCUCUAGCUCUAACGAAAGUUCUAGUCAAUCGACCAAAACAAAGUCACCUUUGCUCAGAGUCUCCUCGAAAUUACUAUCGUCUUCGGUGCAAGCUUUGGAAGCGUUGAAUAAGAACGAAAAAUCAUCUUCGUUAGGAUCUCCGCUGUCUUUAAUUAGAAAAUCGUCGAGUAGAAAGUUAUCCAGGAGUUCGUCCAAUAUUACCAAAACCACCAAGUCUUCAAAGAGCGAUAAUCAGUCAGUGAUCACCUCCAGUGGAUCGGAUAUUUCCUCCAGUAUAAUUCAAAUCGAUCAACCCCCUAAUAAAGAGCUAAUCGAAAGUUAUUGCUCUGUGAAUGAUUUCGAGACGACGAGAAGGAACGAUGAAGAUAUCGAUGAUGGUGUUCAUUCAGAUACGUCUUACGAAAAGGCAUGUCGAAGAGGCAGCGCGCCGACUACUCCUGUAUUGGGUAAUAAAUCCCUGGAGCUUACUCCGUCGAAAAUAGUCAAUUUUUUCUCGAAAAGAUCGUUCCGAUCGAAUCCGUUAAAAAGGACAAAAAGCGUUACGAAACUGGAGAGAAAACGAACAACGGACGGCGAUGGGAAUGCCGUAUCGGUACAGCCUCGUCUACGUACAUCCAGAUCGCACGAGUCUUUAUUAUCGGGACAGUGUCAAAGCGCAAUGCAAAGCUUGGAUUUGAGCUGCGGAGGCGUCGAAAUAAAACCGCUACAUCCUUCUGUUCUGGGCCGAGAGCAUUGCUUUCAAGUCACAUUGCCGGCCGGAAACGCCAGAUAUUUUUCUUGUAGAACGGCCGACGAAAGAGAUAAAUGGGUUCACAGUUUGAAGAAAACCAUCCAACCUGACCAAGAACACGUUCGAAGAACUGACAACUCGAUGAAAAUAUGGUUACUAGAAGCCAAAGGCAUACCCAACAAGAAAAAAUACUAUUGCGAGCUACUUCUGGACAAAACGUUAUACGCGAAGACAUCGACCAAACAGAAGUCAGACUUGUGUUUUUGGGGCGAACACUUCGAUUUCCAAGGUUUACCUGCGGUAAACAUAGUCAACAUUCAUUUGUAUCGAGAAGGCGAUAAAAGACGUAAACGCGACAAGAGUGUCCUCGUCGGUACGGUGAGCAUUCCGGUGCACGAGGUGAGUUCACGAUACCUGACCGAAAGAUGGUAUCCUAUCGUUAUGGAAAAAGCAUGUCAGAAAGAGUCACCAGCGUUAAGAGUGAAAUGUCGGUUCCAAACUGUGGACAUUUUACCGGUGCAGAUUUAUCAAGAGUUCCUACAGUAUUUGAAAACUGAUUAUAAAACGAUAUGCGAAAUACUGGAACCUGUGGUCAGCGUUAAAGCUAAAGAAGAUAUAGCUACUUCUUUGGUACAUAUAAUGCAGAAGGAAGGAUUGGCCAAGAAUUUUCUAUCCGAUAUCGUCAUGAUGGAUAUUAAAAGAGUUGAAGAUGAAAGAUUGAUAUUCCGUGGCAACUCGUUGGCAACCAAAGCGAUGGAAGCUUUUUUGAAACUAACGGGCGAAAAGUAUUUGAAAAACACGCUGGAAGAGUUGGUGGAAAAUGUCCUAGAAUCCGGUUUCGAUUGCGAAGUUGAUCCUUUGAAGGUUUCUUCUGCAGCAACUUUGACUAAACAACAACAAAAUUUGAGAAAUGCGGUCGAAAGUACUUGGAAGAAGAUCGUCGAGUCGAGUUCAGCUUUCCCUAUCGAAUUACGCGAAUGUUUCACUAUGUUCCGCGAACAACUUACUCAAUCGGGCAGACACGAUAUAAGCGAUAAUUUGAUUUCAGCUUGUAUAUUUUUACGAUUUUUAUGCCCUGCUAUUCUAUCGCCUAGUCUUUUUAAUAUUACGCAAGAAUACCCUAACGAAAAAGGCGCUCGUAAUUUAACUCUGGUCGCCAAAACACUGCAGACUUUGGCGAAUUUCACCAGAUUUCAAGGCAAAGAGAACUUCAUGGAAUUCAUGAACGAUUUCCUUGAACGCGAAGCUUCCGCUAUGAAGCAAUUCUUGCAGUCAAUUUCUAGUCCUUUACCGAACGCUUCGGUUGUACCGUACGCAGAUGAUGGGUUAAUUGAUCUCGGCAAACAGCUCAGUAUAUUGCAUUCUCUUCUAUUGGAAUGUAUUACCAAAGUAGCUCCAGCCAAAAUGAAAGAUGUCGAUAGGCUGGAUUGCAUUUUACAAAGGGUCGGCAUUGCAAUGACUCAACCAAGUGGACUCAUACGUCCGAUAGAAAUCUCCAACGAACCACCGUUACAUAAUUAUCAUUCGCUUCAACGUAACAUAUUCAGGUAUAAUGAUCCGACAGUCUGCAUGAAAGGUAGCAUUUCAACGUUGUAUUCGCCGUGCAACGAUGCGAAUACUAUAUCCAGCCUCAAUAACAAAUGUUCCUCGCCUGGUGCAGUCAGAGCUGCGACCCUACCAAGACACGUAUACGGCCAUUCGUCCGCCGCCAAUCAAUUAUCUCUUCAUAGCGACGAAGCAGUUACCUCGUUCAGCAAUAAUCAUACACUUAAUCAUCAUUUUAACACUUCGCAAAUGCACGCGCGACCAGGGAACUUAAUGGUUCGAAACAUGAACGGAAAUAUGGGCAACGCGACACGUCUAGACGACUAUUCGGACGAAUGCGACUUGGACACACACCGUAAAGGAAGCCAAGUCAGCAUUUCAACGCUGUCCAACGUCGCCUCAUCCGGGUACCAGAGUUUCGCCGCCUACAGUCAAAGUUCCAGUCCGGUCGACCUUUCAGUAAAUUCGAACAAUUCGAGCAACAGUAACUCGAGUAACUCGAACGCCAACGCUAACGUGAACGGUAACUACGUAUCGACUGUAGCGAACGGCAGCCCGAACGGUAACGUCGAUAGCGUCGAUUCGAACGCCAACAUCACGUCGUCGAAUACGACGAAUGCGAAAAACGGCCUACCUCCGUUGGCGUUCACCAAUCCGGUAUACCAGCACAGGAUGAACCGUAAACCGCGACAGCGUUCGUGUAGCUCGUCUUCGGAUGAGAAUAAUGCCCAGAAUGGCGAUAUUACUAGUCCACCGAGAUUUCAUCCGGCUCAUCGAGCUCCGCGGACUAAUCCUCAGUGUAAUGGAUUCGCUCGAAAUGGAGCUUGGCGAGUGGCCACUCCCUCCGAUCAUAAAUUAGCCAACCGAACGAAUUAUUAUAAUAAUAACGUACCUGCUGAAAUCAUGUCACCUUACAGCGAAAACUUACACCAUAGAUUAUCCGUCGAUUCGGCUCGAGACGCCACCGAUUCAUCGGACGACGAAAGACAACCGAACACCGGCCGCAAUAAGCUAAGGGUACGACGUAACAUCGACGAGGUAUUCGAUGAUGUUUCACCACCUAUUUCAGCUUUCAUAAACGAGUAUGAACAAGAGAUAGAACGACUUCAAUCGAGCGUCGAUUUAUUGAAAUUGAAAUUAGAACAAGCAGAACAUCAGCUGGACGGUAGCGCCGGACCGAAUUCGUCUACUUCGAUAGUAGAUCACGAAGAAGCUGAAACAGAUAACAUGAAAAAUAUUAUUGCUAGACUAAUCUCAGUCGAAGAAGAAUUACGGCGCGAACAGCGUAAAAUGUCUGACACAUUGACUCACAAACAACGCGUGAUCGAAGCACAAGAGCACCAAAUCGCCGUCUUAGACGCCGCCAAUAAUAGACUCCUGAGCGCCCUUAAUCAGUUGAAAGAGCGACAGAAUAAUAAUAACAACAACAACAAUAAUAAUAAUAAUAAUAAUAAUAAUAAAUUGAAUACCAAUCAAAGGUUUCUCGAAGAAUUGAGCGAAUUGAAAAGUUCCUCCUGUUGAAGAAAUUAUUUAAACGGUUUUUUAUGAAGUACAAAACAAAAUAGUAAUGUAGCGUUUGACAAUAUACACGUACGCGUACUCGAGGAAGAUUUUCAAAAAGAUUAAGACAUUUAUAACGUAAACAAUUGAAAAAAAAUUUACAAAUACUUAGUCAUACUAAUAGUGUUACAUUACCAUUUCGAUUUAUAAAUUAUUAUUUUAUAUACUUUCAUUCGUCUUGACGCCAAAGUUUAUUUUUUGUAAAUAAUGAUCAAAAGUAGAUUUAAGCUAGACCGAUGUAUUUGAUAGAUUCACUUCGUGUUUUCCCCCUUUAUUUUUAUUUUUGUUCUUUUUUAAAUGCAUUUAUUUUGGGUUAUUAGCCAAAACUACAUGCUACCAUUCAUACGUAUGUGUACAAUAGAUAUUACAUUUUUAGAUUAUGCUUAUAAGUAUUCGUUCGUCACUUUCGUAUUUCUUUUUUUAUUUUAAAUUUUAUUAUUGAAUUUAUUCGUGUUUUAAAAAAUCGGUUUAUCGACUAUAUUUAUAAUAUUUUUUUUCUUUUACAAUAUUUGACUACCUUCUUGUUUCUUUGUUUUUGAAUUUUUUAAACUACUACUAUAAUUAUGUUUGGGUGGAUGGAGACUUGUCUAUGUCUAUGUCUAUGGUGUCGCGUCGUAAUUGAAUAGAACUGUUUUCAAAAUUAUAUAAUCAAAUUUAUUUAUUACCAUUUUUUAUCUAUUUAACGAAAAUGACAGUUUGCAAAAGUAGGAUACAUUUUAGCAUUUUUAUUCUGAUCCCUACCUCCCUAUCUUCUGCAUUAUACUUGUAUUAGAGCUACUUCUUGGACGAUUUAAUUUCGGCUUUGUUCUAUUUAAAACAUUUUGAUUUGUACGGUAAAUUUGUUUUAACAGUAUUGUUUUUUAUUAUUAUUAUUUAUGUAGAUGGUUAAUGUAUUUUAGAAUCUGUUGCACCUUUUUUUUCGAUGAAUUUCAAGUUUGUUUGUAUUUUUAAUAAAGUAUGUUAAAAAGUA